AUGGAUCCAAAACUGGAGGAACGGUCUACCGAGCUCAAAAACUUGGGAAACCAGGAGUUGAAGAACAACAACUUUGAUAAGGCAAUCGAGUUGUAUACCCAGGCGAUAGACCUUUUCCCCACGGCGAUCCUAUACUCCAACAGAGCGCAGGCUCAGAUUAAACUCGAAAACUAUGGUUUAGCUAUCGAAGACGCAAACCAGGCGAUCAAGUUGGACAAAAACUACCUCAAGGCAUAUUAUAGACGCGCCGUGUCCUACAGUGCGAUUUUGGAAUACAAAAAGUCUCUCUCGGACGUCAAAAUUGUUCUUUCGAGGGCGCCUUCCGACAAGAAUGCCCAGCUAUUGGAAAAACAGCUGGUAAGAAUCAUCAACCAGAUCAAGUUUGAAAAGGCCAUUGCUGUGGAAGAAAAGGGCUCCGUAAUCGCCAGUAUCGACCUUGAUGCGAUCUCCGUUGAAAGCAGCUACCAGGGUCCUGACCUGGACAUCAAAGUGGAAGACAAACGGGUGCGUGUUUCGAUGACGCAGAAAUACAUAUCUAAUAUGGUGGACUUGUUCCGCAAGGGCAGCAAGAUCCCAAAGAAACAUGCCUUUGCCAUUGUGGCCGCUGCAAACGAGAUUUUCAAGGAGCAGCCUCCGAUGGUCGAGUUUGGUCUCAAGCGGCCCGCCACUGCCGCUAAGGAGCUACAGUUGGAGGAGGCAAAGAAAAUCACUGUUUGUGGAGACACUCAUGGUCAGUUCUAUGAUGUGCUGAACCUGUUCAGACGUUUUGGAAAGGUCGGAAAGGAUCACAUCUAUCUGUUUAAUGGAGACUUUGUUGACCGUGGCUCAUGGUCCUGCGAGGUUGCAUUUUUACUGUACUCGCUGAAAUUGCUGUAUCCGCAAAACAUCUACAUCAACAGGGGAAACCACGAGACAAAUGACAUGAACAAAGUCUACGGUUUUGAGGACGAGUGCAAGCACAAGUACAGCGAGAAACUAUUUUCGUGUUUCAGCGAGUCGUUCAAUUCGCUGCCGUAUGCCUCUCUUAUUGGCCAAGAGUAUCUUGUCAUGCACGGUGGUUUGUUUUCUUCUGACAACGUCACUCUGGACGACAUAAGAAAGAUCGAUCGGUUCAAAAGCAAACAGCCUCCGAAGGAAGGAAUCGAGAUGGAACUGUUGUGGACGGACCCCCAGGAAAGCAAGGGAAGAUCCGCUUCAAAGAGGGGAAUCGGAAUGCAGUUUGGUCCGGACGUCACGGCAGAUUUCUGUGAGCGGAACAAGCUCAAGGCGAUCAUCCGGUCUCACGAGGUUCGCAUGGGAGGUUACGAAAUAGAACACAACGGCAAACUGGUGACGGUGUUCAGCGCACCAAACUACUGUGACAUGCAGGGGAACCUGGGCGCGGUGGUCAACUUUACACUCAAGGACGACGAAUACGAGCUGGAGUACGCAACCUUCACUCAUGUCGACCAUCCUAAUAUUCCUCCUAUGAAUUACUCCAAAAACAACUUUGGGUUCUAA